UUAUAUCUCUACCUGAAAAAAUCAUGGUCGCUUUAGCUCCAACAACUCAGUUGAACAACGGAAAGGAAAUUCCAAUCGUUGGUUUGGGAACAUGGAAUUCACCACCUGGAGAAGUUGCUCAAGCUAUCAAAGAUGCUAUAGACGCUGGAUAUCGUCACAUUGAUGGAGCUUUUGUCUAUGAAAAUGAACACGAAGUUGGGGAAGGCGUAAAUGCAAAAAUAUCCGAAGGUGUUGUUAAAAGGGAGGAUUUAUUUAUUACCAGUAAAUUAUGGAAUACUUUCCAUGAUCCUAAAGAUGUUCGUAGUGGAAUCGAGUGCACUUUAAAACAACUGAAUUUAAAGUACUUAGAUUUGUAUUUAAUUCAUUGGCCGAUUUCUUAUCAAAAAUCAGAUGAACUUUUUCCCAAAGAUGCUUCUGAUAAAAUGCUACAUGCAAACAUCGAUUUAAAAGAUGUUUGGAAAGCAAUGGAAGAGUUAGUUGAUGCCGGUUUGACAAAAUCUAUUGGAGUAAGCAACUUCAACAUCAAACAAAUCGAUUACAUUCUUGCCAAUGCCAGAAUCAAACCAGUUGCAAAUCAAAUUGAAGUUCAUCCUUACUUUUUGAACAAAGAUUUGAUUCAACAUUGUCGCAGCAAGAACAUCGUUGUCACAGCUUAUUCUCCUCUUGGAUCUCCUGGCCGUCCAUGGGCAACUCCUGACGAUCGUGUUCUUAUGAAGGAACCAAAAUUACUUGCAAUUGCAGCCAAGUAUAACAAGACUCCUGGUCAAAUCUUGAUUCGUUACCAGGUUCAAGUUGGCAACACUGUCAUCCCAAAAUCCGUCACAAAAGAACGAAUCAUAAGCAACUUUGAUGUAUUUAACUUUAAACUAACUGACGAAGACAUCAAAGAUCUUGAAAGCUUCGGAUAUGUUGAACAAAUUUGUAAAAUGUCUAUGGAUGUCGAUCACCCUGAUUAUCCAUUUUAA